AAUUUUGGUUAUUCGCUUGGAUUUGAUUAUAGUUUCUUUGCGGUUUCUGUUCCGUGAACGUUAUCUGAUUUUUAUUACGGUUUCAUUUUUGACAGAUGUUUGAAAAACAAAAAUAAAAUUAAUUGCUUAUUCCAAAAAAUAAGUUAAGAAUGUUCGUAUAACCAAAAAAAGAUACACAAAGAUACACUCCCUUCUACAUCUCCACGUGAAGAUGACAGGAUGUCUUCAGGAGAUUCUAUUGAGGCUCGACAAAAUAACGAAUUUGAAGCUUUACAAGCCAUUUAUGGUUUUGAUCUUAAAGAUCUACGCAAAAAGGCAGCAUGGAACAAAUGGACGCCUAUGAAUCUAUCUCUAUCAUUAAAACCACAACAGGGAAGUGUUGGCACACACGAAAUAUAUGCAACAAUUGACCUACAUAUUGUUUGUGAUGCAUGUUAUCCAGAAAAUUGUCCAAGAAUUUAUCUGGAAAACAGCAAAGGUUUGUCACAGACAACUGUUGCUGAGUUACAAGUCUUAUUGGAGCAAAAGUCAAAAGAACUUGAAGGUGAAGAGAUGAUUUUUCAACUUGCACAAUGUGUAGAAGAGUUUCUUCAUACCCACAAUAAGCCUACAUCUAAAAGCUUCUAUGAUGAAAUGCUUAAGAGGCAGAAAGAAAAAGAAGAAAGGGAUUUGCAAGCUAGGCAGAUUGAGCAAGACUUGAAGAGGCAGUAUAUGAUAGAAGAAGUACAACGAAGACAAGAGAUUUUAAAAUCUGAAAUAAGGCAGAGAAGAGAAAAUAUUAGGCAGAACUCUGAGAAUGAUGAUGAUUUUGACACCAGAAGGCCCAAUAGUUCAGCAGACAGCUGUGAUGAACCUAAUUGUGAUCACAAAGGGAUUGUUCUAAUGGAUUUCAGUAAUAGAGAAAUACAAAGGGGGUCAUGCAUAAGGCAUUCAUCAAGAAACCAUAUUAGCUUCAGUGGUAUUGAUACCGAGUCUGGUGAUCUGGUCAUAGUGGAUGAAUGGAACAUUCCAGUUGGAAAUAAAGAUUUCACAUACAUGCAAAGGCAGAUAAGCAGUAUAGAACAGGAGAUGAAUUAUCUAACCAGAUUGAGGCAUAGGAAUCUCGUAAAAUACUACAAUAUCAAAUAUUAUUUUGAAGGAGAUGUCUUGAAAGUGUUUGCUCUUAGAGAAUUUGUUUAUGGCUCGAACUGUUCGUCCUUAUUUUUAAGCCCAAAUGUGAAAGUUGAUCUUGACCAGUUGAAGUACAUUGCAAAAGGAACCUUGAUAGCUUUAGAUUACUUACAUAGAAAUAACGUUGUACAUAAGGACAUAAGAGAUAGUUGCAUUUAUUUAUCUGACUCAGGUCAUAUAAAAAUUUCAAACUACAGUAUUCAUAGGAGAUUAUAUGAUUUGUUGUCUCAGACACAUAAUAACUACAGCAAAAAGACUGAUAUUUUGAAGUUUGGAGAGCUUUUAUUAUCAUUGCUACAAGGGAAUGUUAUAAGCGAUUUGAAUGUCGAAGUUCCCACUUCACUACAAUCAGAUUUGUAUGAUUUUCUUACAAGAUGUCUAAGUAAAGAAGAAUCGACACGGUCAACGGCAGCCCAACUGUUGAAUCACGUAUUCUUCCAAAAUAAACGAGUUGUACAGUUUACGCCUAAACAAGGAAAUGAAGAAGUCGAGGUUCAGAGAAACACUUCCCCAGAGAUUGUUUUGAAUGAAUUACAAAGCUUGAGCCAAAUGUCUAGUGGGCAGUCCCGGAUCAACAACGAAUUUGAAUUUCUCCAGCAUCUUGGAAAAGGAGCUUAUGGCGACGUAAUAAAAGUGAGGAACAAACUUGAUGGAGGCUAUUAUGCUAUAAAACGAAUCCAAUUAAAUCCGAAGAAUAAAUCUUUAAAUAAGAAAAUAGUCAGGGAAGUUAAACUACUCUCGAGAUUAAACCAUGAGAACGUUGUGAGAUAUUAUAAUUCUUGGAUUGAAACAACGACGAUUAAAGAAGAAAUUUGCACAUCUACCGAAACAUCAACUUGUAGUACAAACGAUAGGGUUCCCGUGAUAAUUAGGAAAGAUGAGUUCACAAUAGAUGACAACAUAGAGGCACUUGCACCUUCUAUAAAAAAUGUAGAGGUAUCUAUAACGUAUGACGGUAAAUCUCAAGCUGCUUUUGAUAGUUCCUCAGAUAAUUCAACUGACGAUGAAGAAGAAUGGGGUGUUGUGUUUAAUGAAGAUUCUGACUAUGACAUUGAGUUUGAACACAACACGGGCAGCGAGUCAAAGUCUUCUUCAUCAUCAGUUGACAAUAAAGAUUCGGAAGCAGUGGACAUAACUUCUCCUGAAAUCGUCAAACAGAUCGAUUUCAUGUACAUACAGAUGGAAUUUUGUGAGAAAAGCACACUAAGAACGGCAAUUGACGAUAAUCUUUAUCUGAAUGAAGAUAGAAUGUGGAGGCUAUUUAGAGAAAUUGUUGAAGGGUUAGCGCACAUACAUCAACAAGGCAUGAUUCACAGAGACUUGAAGCCUGUCAAUAUAUUCUUGGACUCAGAAGACCACGUGAAAAUCGGAGACUUUGGCCUAGCGACCACGAAUAUAAAAUCAAAGCAAUUUGAACUUUCUAAGAGUGCGAUGGAAAUGGAAAAAGAAAAUAAUUUUGAUGAAAGCAGGACAGGAAAUAUAGGGACAGCAUUAUACGCAGCUCCUGAAAUAAGCACAUCUUGCAAAGUGGUUUAUAACCAGAAGGUUGACAUUUAUAGUCUGGGUAUUAUUUUAUUUGAAAUGUGCUACAAACCACUGACUACUUCAAUGGAACGAAUAAAAAUUUUAACUAAAUCGAGAUUACCUGAAAUAGUUCUUCCUGAAGAAUUUGCAAAUAAAAAGAACGAGCGGCAAGUGUUUUUGAUAAAAUGGCUGUUAAACCACGACAUAUCGAAACGACCGACUUCUCAAGAACUCUUGCUCUCCGAGCACAUACCGCCUCCUGUCCUGGAAGAGAGAGAACUACAAGAAUUAGUGAGACAUACCUUGAACAAUACGCAAUUGAAGGGAUACAAAUAUCUUAUAGCAUCUUGUUUUGAACAACCUGUCACUCCAGUACAAGAUAUCACUUAUGAUAAAGAUCCAUUUGCUUUAACCAUCAGUAAGCCUGUACAGAUCUAUGACUAUGUAAGAGGCAUCUGUGAAAAGAUAUUCAAGCAACAUGGCGGUCAAAAUUUAUCUACCCCAUUGUUGAUGCCUAAAAGCAAGUUCUAUGAUCACCUAGAUUCUUGUGUUAAACUAAUGACCCAUUCAGGUGGUAUCGUAACUUUGCCUUAUGAUCUCAGGGUUCCCUUUGCAAGAUAUGUUGCUUGGAAUGCAAUUUCUCUACUAAGACGGUACUCCAUAGAAAGAGUUUAUAGAGAGAAAAAAGUAUUUGGAUUUCAACCCAGAGAAUUGUACGAAUGUGCGUUUGAUAUUGUUAGUCCUACUUCUGGAACGCUAAUGUCAGAUGCAGAACUCCUAUAUAUAGGUUUUGAGAUCAUCAACGAAUUGCCUGUGGUGAAGAAUAAACAUUUUGUCAUACGAUUGAACCAUACUGCAUUAAUAACAGCAAUACUGCUGCAUUUUGGCAUAAAGGAUAAACACCAAGAAGUAUUCAAAAUGAUUUCUGACGUAAAGGAAGGAAAAGUAUCAAAAUACAACAUGCAGAACUAUCUAAUAUCAUUUGGUCUGCCGGACAACAGUAUUCAUCUCCUGAUCAACUUACUCAACUCUGAAUUAGAAAUUUCUAAGUGCGUCAGCCAUUUCCAAAUGAUCACUAAAAAGAAACAAAGUGAAGCCAGUCAGCUGGCUAGACAGGCUUUGCAAGAUUUGAAAUUAAUGUAUCAAAAUGCUGUCGCAUACGGUGUCACAGUAAGUCAUUGCUUUAUUUUUUUGUAAGAACGCAACGGGCACAAAACAUUAUUUUUACAUAUUAAUAGGCUUCAUUAUACCUCAGAUAUCAAAAAACCUUUCUGGCUCUUUGAAUAGGAGAAAUGUUUACUUUCGGUUUCAGAUUUUGGUAACGUCAUUAUUGUUUCUGGUGCAAUUAAUUUUGGCAACGGGUCAAUAGACAUCCUAGCUUGAGUCUUAUGUAUAUGUUACUUAAUCUUACUCUUCUCAAAACAGUGUAUCGUAACCUUAUGUGAUGUGAUUAGUUUCACAUCGAAUAUAAAAAUUUAAAUAAGAAUAAUGCAGUGACAGAGAUUGCCCUAAUUGGCUCACUAAUCCACUCAAUAACUUCGCUCUAGGGUCACGGCACUGUCGCCCAGUUUAUCGUCUGGUUGCCACCAUGCCAGUUUUAGCGCCACUUUAGGUUAGCUUGUCGUUUGAGAGCAUUAACUUGAGGACAGGUUGGAUAACACACCAGCAACAAGGUAGAAUAGUGGCAUCAGCAUCUUCAAGCGAUUCCCGCUGCGAUCUCUCAAAUAUGGUCACAAAAAAACAAACAGCAUUCUUCAGCAUUUCACUUCACUUGAAUAAUAUAUUGUCGUUUUCACGAGUAUCCGAUACGACAUAAUUCUGAUGGAUCCGUCAACGCCAGGUAUACAGAGCCGUUUUGUUUUUCUUUUGUUCGCUACAAUUAAAAUGGCUGCUAAAGAUCGUGACAUUUCAAGUCUUGUAGGAAUGAAAUGAGAACAGUUUUUGACUUUGUUGAUCAUCUCUUCUUUUUAGAUCUUGAUUGAUUGAUAUGAUUUUGAAGAGCAAUGAAACAGCCAUAUUUGAAUUACAUAACGUUACACUGAUUACGGACAACUAACCAGAAGCACGUGCCUAUAUUAUUUUUACUAAAAUAGCAGCUACUGGAAAGGUGGAAAGGACAACCUUGACUGUUCUAUUGACUUACCUUGUAAUCAAUAAACCCCAGUUCGAGAUGGUUGUUUCUCCAGGAUUAGUCUAUAAUAUUCAGCAAUAUUCCGGACUUAUUUUUCAAUUUGUCUGUGAAAUGAAAAAGAAAAAUAGGCAUAAUACCAUGGAAGUACUAGCUGCAGGAGGAAGGUAAUGUGUUCUUUUCAUAUUGCAUAACAGUUCUAGACAUCUUUCCUGAAACUGUUCAAGCUAAUUUGCAACGAAAAACUUCAGUUAUUUUUUUGAUAGUAUCUAACUGAAACUAAAGACUGGACAUAAUGGAAAUCCAACCGGACAUACGAUCUUGUUACGUAAGAAAAAUCCUCAUCCAUUCAUGACGAUUGGGGUAUUAUCAAACAGUAAAAUUGAUAUUCUCUUUUUAAAAAAGUCGAUCGCUUCUCAUACAUACAUUCAGAAAUUUUGAGUUGUGUGUCAUUUUGUGAUUUAUUUAAUAGAUAGAUGGCGUGCAAUAUCUCAUACUGUUUUAGGUAUGAUGCAAUGAUUUCAUACUACCGAAUUUUGGUAGAACAGGCUAACAUGUUGAAUAAAGGUGUUCAGCAGUCGGCAGUUGGCAUAUCAUUCUCAUUGGAUAAACUUGUUCAAGCCAUCCAAAAGGAGCAAAGCGAUGAUUUGCCGAAAAUGGAUCCUGUCGAUGUAGUUGUUUGUUCUGUUGGUCUUAAACAGAUGGUCAAAGAAAAAACAAAGAUAUUGAGAAGCUUAUGGUUAGCUGGUAUCAAAUGUUUCUUGAUAGAGAGUACGAACAUCGAAGAAAUACAAGAGCAGCUCAUAGAACUGAAAGUUUCCCAUGUGAUUAUCCUGAAAGAAAAUGACCAUGGCACUGUGCGAGUACGAAGUUGGGAGAGAGAUAGGUUCCAAGAAAAAACAUUCAACACGACAGAACUUAUAGAAAAUAUGCACAAAAUUUUGAAAAAUUGGAACGACAUUGUUCAGGAAGGUAAUAAUACAGCCUUAGUGAAAUCGGAUAGUAGGGUCAGCAACAGCGAAAGAUAUGAGCAGGAAGUAAACGUAUAUGUCGAUUAUCUGUUUGUCACAGCAGAAAAAUUGUCAUCCAACGCUCGAAAAAGAUAUGAAAAUCAGAUUAGAUCUCAGCUGGAUGGGUUAUUCAAGAAACUCAGGGGAUAUGUUGUAAUUGUUGGACUAUCUUUGGACCAAACAAUAGUAAAGUGGCUCGCAUCCUUUUUGGAUUUCGACUCUGAAUAUAAUUUCCAGAAGUCUGUGGAAACUGUUAUAGAAAGGCACCCAAGACAUAAAAAGUACCUAAAUGAUAUUUGUGAUGAAAUAUACAAGCAGAAGAUAAGCCGGACAGAUCCAACUUUAGUUUUAUAUAGUUUAUGUGAUUACUGUUAUAAAGUGGUUCUGUAAUAUAUUUUGUGAUUUUCGAUAAGGCCUUCAGAUUCAGUUCCAGCUGCUGCUUCUGGUGUUUUUUGGAAUAAAAACUGUCAAAAUCGG